UUUUACAGUGUACUAAUAGUAACAAUCAUACAAAAGAAAUGUAGCAGUGGUCACCGUAGUAGCAAGAGUAGAUCCUACAUAAACAGUAUAUUUAUACAAUACCAGUCAAAGUUUUGGACAAAUGUUCCCAUUUAUUUCAUUACAUUACAGGGUAAAAAAGCUGUGGGGUGUGCUGCAGGGUAAAAAGCUGUGGGUUAAUAGCUGACGCUUUUAACCCACAGCUUUUUACUGAACAUAAUAACGUAGUUUCAUUUCACAACAUUAACCACAUGUUUACAACUGUUUUCUCAAGAAAAUAUUACUUUUAUAAUCAUCAGUUUGAGAAGAAGAAGAAAAAGGGGCUCCAACCAAUAGAACACGGAGCAGAAUGUAGAACAUUCUAUGACAUCACAGAGAAUUCUCCAUAUAGAAUGUAGAAUGUGGAAGGAUAGAUUAUCAGAGCUCAUUUUGGAUCCCCACUCAGCGUGAACACAUCAACUUUACAUUGCAGAGGGAUUCUCAAAGACUCAAAGAUGGCCCGCCAUCCGCCGAAAGGACUGAAAAGCUUGGUCGAGUGUAUGGCCAGAGCUACAAUCUCCGCACAUCCUGCCGACAUGCCAGACUUUUUAGUGGAGUAUACGUCAGAGCUCAACCAAACAAGAGGCUCUAAAACUGAAAGCAAUCCAGUGGAAAUGUGCUUUCGAUUCCAAGAGGCUUGUGAUUUGGAAUCUGCAAUCAAUGAACAUGCACCAUCAACUGGGGUUAAAGAAAAGAAGCCUGUACCUUUUACCCCUGCUGUUGCCAAGAAGACACCGGAAACACACACACAGAAAACAACACCACGAAAGUUAUCACCUAAAGCUCCAGCAGAUGUGCCCCCGAAAUCCAGGAAGAAUCUACCUAUCGACACGAGGGGGAAGCCACAAAAUGCCAGCAGCGUGUUACCACAAAAACCUAAAGAACGCAGUGAACCAACGCCAGCAAGAACAGAAAGACCAAAGGAAGAAAGAAAAAUAAUCCCCAAGACAAGACCACCAUGGUUACCACCAGCUGCAAAUCAAAAGCAAGGUAAAGGAACCAUUGAUGACGCCAAGAAGACACCAGAAAAGCGUCUACCGACAAUUCCCCAAACGUCAGCACCUAAAGAUCCAGCUGUCAAUCCCCCGAAAUCCAAGAAAAAUCUACCAAUCGGCACGAGGGGGAAGCCAGAAAAUGCCAGCAGCGUGUCACCCCAAAAACCUAAAGAACGCAGUGAACCAACGCCAGCAAGAACAGAAAGACCAAAGGAAGAAAGAAAAAUAAUACCCAAGACAAGACUACCAUGUUUGUUACCAGCCACAAGUCAAAAGCAAAGUAAAGGAACCAUUCAUGACGCCAAGAAGACACCAGAAAAACGUCUACCGACAAUUCCCCAAAAGUCAGCACCUAAAGAUCCAGCUGUCAAUCCCCCUUCUAGACGCCCAACUACGCGUGUACAAGCAGCACCACAAACAAGUGUUUUACCACCGAUUCCACCAAUUCCACAGAAGAAAGGCACAGGUAGCCAACAGCAGACAACUAUUCCAAAGAAAUCUGUGCCAAAGUGGGAUGACUCAGUAACAUUGCCCGUUAUUAAAGGAUUGAGGAAACCAGCUAUUCCAAGAGACAGCAGAAACGACCACCAAUGCCCUCAAUUGGUUCACCAACACCCUCAGUUGGUGCAAAUAAUCCACAGGGCAAGAAUCACACACACAGUGUUUCGUUACUCACCUUAAGGAUAAGGUGAACAGCGUUGGACGACCAGUGGAGCCACCUGACGCAGCCGUGCAGUAGACGAACCGACACCUGAAAGGACGUCGCUCCCUCUCUCUUUCUUACUCCCUCCCCACAUCGACCCGCGUUGUAAUUCAUUUGAGAAGAAGAAGAAAAAAGGGCUCCAACCAAUAGAACCCAGUCCAUAAUCCGGAGUCCACAAUCCAGUGGAAAUGUGCUUUCAAUACCAAGAGACACGUGAUUUGGAAUCUGCAAUCAGUGAACAUGCACCAUCAACUGGGGUUAAAGAAAAGAAGCCUGUACCUUUUACCCCCUGCUGUUGCCGACAAGACACCGGAAACACACACACAGAAAACAUCCCGAAAGUUAUCACCUAAAGCUCCAGCAGAUGUGCCCCCGAAAUCCAGGAAGAAUCUACCAAUCGGCAUGAGGGGGAAGCCAAAAAAUGCCAGCAGCGUGUCACCACAAAAACCUAAAGAACGCAGUGAACCAACGCCAGCAAGAACAGAAAGACCAAAGGAAGAAAGAAAAAUAAUACCCAAGACAAGACUACCAUGUUUGUUACCAGCCACAAGUCAAAAGCAAAGUAAAGGAACCAUUCAUGACGCCAAGAAGACACCAGAAAAACGUCUACCGACAAUUCCCCAAAAGUCAGCACCUAAAGAUCCAGCUGUCAAUCCCCCUUCUAGACGCCCAACUACGCGUGUACAAGCAACACCACAAACGAGUGUUUUACCACCGAUUCCACCAAUUCCACAGAAGAAAGGCACAGGUAGCCAACAGCAGACAACUAUUCCAAAGAAAUCUGUGCCAAAGUGGGAUGACUCAGUAACAUUGCCCGUUAUUAAAGGAUUGAGGAAACCAGCUAUUCCAAGAGACAGCAGAAACGACCACACGUGUUGCUUUCCUCACCUUAAGGAUAAGCUGCUUCACCCUCUCAUCCCUCCCCCCCCACUCACACAGGUGAACAGCGUUGGACAAUCAGUGGAGCCCCCUCCAUAUAAUGUUGUUUGUUUGUUUGUUAGAUAAAUAAAUAAAAAAUUUAAAAAAUACAAAAAUCUUUCUGUCCCUUCCCCUCUCUCUCUCUCUCUCUCUCUCGAAGGACAAACAUUCAGUCUCCAAUUCAUAAUUAAAGAAAAACCCUCUGAUUAUCUGUGCCUCAACCAUGAAGGCCAGAAUUAAGCUGUUUUAAAAAAAUCUGUAUUGCUCUUUCAAAAACUAGAGCCUCUUACUAUAAGGACUAGUACCUCCAGUGGUAGUAUUACCACAAUUGAUACUGCUACAUGACGUAUUUUGACAUAGGAUAUUGAUUCUUUUCAACAACAAAAAAAAGUGAAAUGCAAUUAGAAGCUGUGGGUGAAUAGGACUUAUAGGAAAACUCAUGAAAAGUCAUCCUAUUGUACGUUAAAAAUUGUUAAAUAUGUUUACAAAUGUAAUAAAAGAAGCAACAAUGUUACGUUAUAGGGCAAUACUGCUGGAAACAAAUCAUAAAAAUGAAGUGUCGAAUGCCAAAAAAAGUCAAAUGAAAAUUGCACAUUUCACUGUGUUGCAUCCGCCCGCAGAGAGGCCGCCAGCUGAUGCGGGUUGUGUGUGUGAAAAAUUAACUUGGCUAACCCCGACUGAGGGGAACAGGCA